CUGCCCCGCAGUAUCACAUUCGAAUUCUUCUCAAGGCCGUGCGGACCGCAGAGAAUGCAUCUGGCUGGCUAACUCAGAGGACUCCGUGUCAAGCCCCUUGCUUGGGACCCAUGUCACCCCCUGGAAACUAAAGCAGAUCCUGUCCUCAAAGCCUUUUAAUUGCUGGACUGAAGGCUGAAUGCCCGCCUUGUUCGACACCAGAGCCGAGGCUGGUCCAGCUAAAAAUUGGUGAACCAAGCAGAAAAUUCCAGGGCACCGGCGAUUACAGGCUCCCAUGUGGAAGAUUCGGUUCCCACAGCCGGACAGGGCGAGCCGAGCCGCCAUGUUCGUGGUCCCUGCCCUGGUGCGGCUCAGCUCCAGUGGCUGGGCCCUGUGGCAGGGGCAGAGGGCAGAGUGGCAAGGACAUCCCAGCCUGGGCCAGGAGGAGGCCCCCGGAUGGCACUGGCUUGGCUCUGGCACCUCCCUCGGGGCCGCUCUUGCCCCCCAAGUCCAAGCCCCUUCCCGAGGAAGCGUCCUGGUGUCAGAGACGGCGGCCCGUGGCUCCCAGGCUGCCGGGGGCCCGGAGGAGGCUGCCGAGCCCCGGGCCAUGGUCCAGUCUCGCCGGACCUGGAACCUGGGAGCCACGCCCUCGCUGCGCGGCCUGUGGAGAGGGCCGGGCCCCGGAGCCCGAGCCGGGAUGGCUCGCCCCGCCCCAGCCAGCCCGGCCGCCCGCCCUUUCCCACACACCGGCCCAGGGAGGUUGAGAACUGGGCGUGGAAGAGACACCCCGGCCAGCGGUGAUGAAGAAUCUGGUGUCCGAAGUGCGGCUCGUCCGGCCCUAGCUCAGUGCCGAGCCCUCAGCGUGGACUGUGCGGGCCGGAGCCCCCGCCGGCUCUACCUGAGUGUGCAGGUGGAGAACCUGAAGGAGAAGCUGAUUGGCCAGGCACAGGAAGUGAGCCGCCUCCGGUCAGAACUGGGAGGCACGGACUUGGAGAAGCACCGGGACCUGCUGAUGGUGGAGAAUGAGCGACUGAGGCAGGAGAUGCGGCGCUGCGAGGCUGAGCUUCAGGAGCUGCGUGCCAAGCCGGGGGCCCCCUGCACGGGCUGCGAGCACAGCCAGGAGAGCGCCCAGCUCCGGGACAAGCUGUCACAGCUCCAGCUGGAGGUGGCGGAGAACAAAAGCAUGCUGUCAGAGCUGAACCUGGAGGUGCAGCAGAAGACCAACCGGCUGGCCGAGGUGGAGCUGCGGCUCAAGGACUGCCUGGCCGAGAAGGCGCAGGAGGAGGAGCGGCUCAGCCGGCGCCUGCGGGACAGCCACGAGACCAUCGCCAGCCUGCGGGCCCAGUCGCCGCCUGUCAAGUACGUCAUCAGGACAGUGGAGGUGGAGUCGUCCAAGACCAAGCAGGCCCUCAGCGAGUCCCAGACCCGGAACCAGCACCUGCAGGAGCAGGUGGCCAUGCAGAGGCAGGUGCUGAAGGAGAUGGAGCAGCAGCUGCAGAGCUCGCACCAGCUGACUGCACAGCUCCGGGCGCAGAUCGCCAUGUACGAGUCGGAGCUGGAACGGGCGCACGGGCAGAUGCUGGAGGAGAUGCAGUGCCUGGAGGAGGACAAGAACCGGGCCAUCGAGGAGGCCUUCGCCAGGGCCCAGGUGGAGAUGAAGGCCGUGCACGAGAACCUGGCAGGCGUCCGGACCAACUUGCUGACGCUGCAGCCGGCGCUUCGGACCCUCACCAACGACUACAACGGGCUCAAGCGGCAGGUGCGGGGCUUCCCCCUGCUGCUGCAGGAGGCGCUCAAGAGCGUCAAGGCUGAGAUCGGCCAGGCCAUCGAGGAGGUCAACAGCAACAACCAGGAGCUGCUGCGCAAGUACCGCCGGGAGCUGCAGCUGCGCAAGAAAUGCCACAAUGAGCUCGUGCGGCUGAAAGGGAACAUCAGGGUGAUCGCUCGGGUCCGGCCGAUCACCAAAGAGGAUGGGGAAGGACCCGAUGCAACCAAUGCGGUGACCUUCGAUCCUGACGAUGACUCCAUCAUCCACCUGCUGCACAAAGGAAAGCCUGUGUCCUUUGAGCUGGACAAGGUCUUCUCCCCGAGGGCCUCGCAGCAGGACGUGUUCCAGGAGGUGCAGGCCCUGAUCACCUCCUGCAUCGACGGCUACAAUGUCUGCAUCUUCGCCUACGGCCAGACGGGCGCUGGCAAGACCUACACGAUGGAGGGGACCCCUGAGAAUCCAGGCAUCAACCAGCGGGCCCUGCAGCUGCUCUUCGCCGAGGUGCAGGAGAAGGCGUCCGACUGGGAGUACACCAUCACGGUCAGCGCGGCCGAGAUCUACAACGAGGCCCUCAGGGACCUGCUGGGGCAGGAGCCCCAGGAGAAACUGGAGAUCCGGCUGUGCCCAGAUGGCAGUGGGCAGCUGUACGUGCCGGGCCUGACUGAGUUCCAGGUGCAGAGCGUGGAGGACAUCAACAAGGUGUUUGAGUUCGGCCACACCAACCGCACGACGGAGUUCACCAACCUGAACGAGCACAGCUCCCGCUCGCAUGCCCUGCUCAUCGUGACUGUGCGCGGCGUGGACUGCAGCACCGGCCUCCGCACCACGGGGAAGCUGAACCUGGUGGACCUGGCCGGCUCGGAGCGCGUGGGCAAGUCCGGGGCGGAGGGCAGCCGCCUGCGGGAGGCGCAGCACAUCAACAAGUCCCUGUCGGCGCUGGGGGACGUCAUCGCGGCUCUGCGCUCCCGCCAGGGCCACGUGCCCUUCCGCAACUCCAAGCUCACCUACCUGCUGCAGGACUCGCUCAGCGGGGACAGCAAGACCCUCAUGGUGGUGCAGGUGUCCCCCGUGGAGAAGAACACCAGCGAGACGCUCUACUCCCUCAAGUUUGCCGAGAGGGUCCGCUCUGUGGAGCUGGGCCCUGGGUCCCGCAGGGCAGAGCUGGGGUCCUGGUCCAGCCAGGAGCAUCUGGAGUGGGAGCCAGCCUGCCAGGCGCCACAGCCCUCAGCCCGGGCUCAUUCGGCUCCCGGCUCUGGGACCACUAGCCGCCCAGGCUCCAUCCGGAGGAGGCUGCAGCCCUCAGGGAAGUCGAGGCCGUUGCCUGUCUGAUGGAUUGACGGACACGUCCACCCACCAUGCCGGGGGCUAGGUCCUGAGGCCUCACUGGCCUUCGCCCGCUGCAGCUGGGGGUCCAGGAGGCAGAGGCCAGAAUGAGGCCCCUCUUCUGUCUCCCCUGAGAUGAAACAUGUUCAGAAGGAAAUGGUGUCUCUCGGCUAUGGCUCUUGGUGCAAAUGACUCGGGUUGGAAGGGCAGGGAUGUCCUGCUCCACCUGGCAGGCCCAGACCCUUGUGGGGAGGGCAGUGGUGUCUGGAGGGUGGCCCUCGCCUGGGCUGGCCCAGCUCUCCCAGGCUGCAGGGCGCCCUCUGAGGUGGGUGGCCGAGGAGCCCCUGGGAGGCACAGGAACCAGGACAGGCUGGUCAGUUGGUGGGCAUGCCGGGGGAAGUCCACAAGGGGGCGCCCCAAGGGGCAAGUGUAUGGUGUGCACUGGUGUACAGAGGAGCAGGCCCUGCCAGCCCCAGGCCGGGCCGUAUUUAUGGCUGGCGGGAGGCCAGGGGGCGGGGACUCUGCUGCGCCCCUCAUCUGCCUGGCACCAGGCUCUCCCUGCGCCCUGGCUUCUGGACACAGUCCUCCCUCUGAAAUCCUAUUUAAGAACUUUUGGAAGCUUAGCCAUUUUUACAUAUUAAAAUAAAAGCCUUUUUACACAAG